GAAGACAAAGCCUGAUCAUAUCUCCGAUAAGGAUCGGGUAACCAAGAAGCUAUAUACGAGCCGCUGGACUAUGCGAAACGAGGAACUGCGUUUUAUCAUUGUAUCAUACGAGGCAAUGAUCGCAGAGAUAGAUGCUCACAUUGACGAAGAGAGUAACAAUGACGAUGGCAUCGAGUUUGAAGCUGUCAGUUUUGAGGACCUGCUCCUCCCUCUCCAGGCUUGGCUUCAGUCCCAGGCCAGCCUGGAAAUUCAUGGUGCAACCUGCAAAAACAGAAAGACGCUCGAGUUGGGCAGGUCAGGGCAUCAGGGCCUUAGUCAAUAUUCGAUUGAAUAUCUCGCCCGUACAGUAGGAUAUCUUUAUAUUGAAAAUAUACUUCAACCGGUAUCCACGCUGAGGCAAGCAGAAACCAUCUCUGGGAGCCUGGGCCAUGUCAUUCAUCGAAAAUGUGCCCGCUGCGAUAAACCCGUCCUGGACGAUGCUCUUCCUUCUUUCUUUGCAGAGUUCCCAGAUCAUUACGUCCUUGAAAUUGCUCGAGGUUCCCGGAAAAAAUAG